CACAUGCGCGCAUUCACUCACUCACCGUCUUCAUUAACUCCCUCGGCCAAUUACCUACUCCCUCUGUCCCUCGAUCCAAACUUCUCCUCCUUGAUUACCAGCCACCGUCCUGAAUCAAUUUUUUAUUCGGCUUCAGUGAUAACUGAUAGAUAGAUAAUUAUAAGCCACAAAACAAUUUUCUCACUUUCCUGAGAAAGCUUAAUUUUCAUCUCCCCCAACUAAAAUUAUGCGCUCUUUAUUACUGAAGCCACUCAACCAACAUUUCUACUCCCGCUAUUAUUCAUCUCACCAUCAUCAAUACUCCUCCUCCUACUACUACUACUGCAGCUCCCCCUCACGUUUCCCUCAUUCGUUAUUUAACUUCCACCCACCUGUCUUGUCUGCCUCCUCUUCUCCUUCUCCAGCGCCAAGAUUUGGGUUGUCUUCGAAUCGUCAAUUUGGCUCUGGGGCAGCUGCGCCAGGACAGUCUAGUACGUUAAUGGAGGUGGUGAAAUCAGUUUACGCUCAAGGCGGUGAGAGGAUAGCCAUCAGAGCUGAUCAGAAGAGUUACAGUUAUGCUCAGCUAGGCUCCUCUGCUCGGGAAAUUUCAAUUCUCUUGUCUGCCGCUGGCUUGAAGCCCGUUGAUGGUGUUAGAGGUAAUGGUCCUCUUAGUGGCGCACGUAUAGGGAUCGUGGCUAAACCUUGUUUCGAGUUUGUUGCUGGAGUGUUGGCGACUUGGUUUAGUGGAGGUGUUGCAGUUCCGCUUGCAGUAAGCUAUCCAGAGAGCGAGCUCUUGCAUGUCAUGAAUGAUUCUGAGAUAUCAAUGGUAUUGAGCACUGAGGAUCAUCGUGAAGCCAUGGAAAAGGUUGCUUCCAAGUGUGCUGCUAAAUUCUCUCUGCUCCCGACUGCUUCCAACGUUUCUUCUCAGACAAGCGCUUAUGAUCAGAAAAAUGUUGGACAAAUGGACGCUCUAGAAGGUGAUGAUCCAGCGCUGAUUAUCUACACAAGUGGUACAACUGGUAAACCCAAAGGGGCUCUUCACACGCAUAAUAGUGUGAAUUCACAAGUCCAAAUAUUGACAGAAGCAUGGGGAUACACAUCAAGCGAUCAAUUUCUACAUUGCCUUCCAUUGCAUCAUGUUCAUGGUCUCUUCAAUGCAUUAUUUGCGCCACUAUAUGCAGGUUCCACGGUCGAGUUUAUGCCAAAAUUUAGUGUGAAAGGAGCCUGGCAAAGGUGGAGAGAGUCUUAUCCUCAAAAUGGAGAGAAGGCAGAUGAUGCCAUUACAGUCUUUUCAGGAGUUCCCACCAUGUACACUUGGCUAAUUCAAGGUUAUGAGGCAUUGGACCCAGAUCUGAAAACUGCGUCGGCCUAUGCUGCAAGGCAGUUGCGGUUAAUGAUGUGCGGUUCCUCUGCACUCCCUGUUCCUAUCUUGCAACAGUGGGAAACAAUCACUGGACACCGCCUCUUGGAACGCUAUGGCAUGACAGAAUUUGUCAUGGCAAUAUCAAAUCCCUUGAAGGGCACACGGAAAGCUGGCACUGUGGGUAAACCACUUCCUAGAGUGGAGGUAAAAAUUGUACAAGACGAAAGUGAUCAUGAGAAUACCGGGGUGGGUGAGAUUUGCGUUAAAAGCCCCUCCCUGUUCAAGGAAUACUGGAAGCUUCCUCAUGUAACUAAGGAAUCUUUCACUGAUGAUGGGUUCUUCAAAACUGGAGAUGCUGGAAAAAUAGAUGCAGAUGGAUACUACGUCAUAUUGGGACGUACAAGUGCUGAUAUUAUGAAGGUUGGAGGUUUUAAGUUGUCUGCGUUGGAAAUUGAAUCUAUUCUAUUGGAGCACACAUCUGUGGCGGAAUGCUGUGUGCUGGGUUUGCCUGACAAAGACUAUGGAGAUGCUGUUUGUGCAAUCAUCGUGCUAAACGAAGAAUCCAAGAAGCAACAGGAUAAAGAAUCAAAGCCUGCGUUAAGUUUGGAAGAACUGCGGGAGUGGGCCAAAGAAAAACUUGCACCUUACAAGCUGCCUACUAAACUAUUCCUUUGGGAUUCCCUGCCUCGAAACGCAAUGGGAAAGGUGAACAAGAAGGAGCUAAAGAAAGUGCUAGCUGCUCAGUAAAGGAGCUAAAUGAGGUGGGAAAUUAUUAAGGUAGAGGAGGUGAAAUAAUUUGGGAACUAUAACAACGUAUAGAAUGGUGGCAGCCAGGAGCCAUUAUUGUUUAGAACUGUACUGUGUCUGUACCUUCUCUGUCCAGAUUGCCCAGCAUUCUGUACUGUAAUUUACAAGGAGAGGGGAAGAGCAGGCGUUCAAACCACGAUCUCUUGGCCGAUAAAAGCUGUGUGUUAUUCAUGUUUUGUCGAACUGUUAAUUUGUGAUUUAAUUAUUCUCAAGCAAGCAAGGCAACUGUUUUGUUGGUUUAUCAUUCCCUAUCAUUCAUCAAUAGAUGCCAGGCCGUUCACAUUUCGGAACCUUUCAUCUUGUGUCCGUUUUAUAUAAAAAAAAAAAAAAAAAAACAGAAGCCAUAGCUCCAGAGAAUCAGAAACUCUCCAACCAUUUUUAGUGCAAGAAAACAGAGAGCCAUGGGAGACGACGCAGUGGCGAUAUCGAACAGAGGGCUGGAGAGACUUUCCAAGAAUCUACACAGUCAACUUGAAGGGUUGACCAUAGACGGACUCAGGAUUGUGGAGUCUCGCAAAGGGUUCAUCCGCUGUCACUUCACUGUCCCCGAUCGCAUCGCCGACGGAGAUGGGAACUGGCACGUCGGAGCGAUGGCGACGAUGAUCGACGUUGUGGGUGCGGCUGCCAUCUUCUCAUUGGUGGGACAUGUCAAAGUUUCCCUUGAUUUCACCAUCUCUUUCAUUUCCUCUGCCAAAUCCCAGGAAGAGAUAGAGUUAGAGGCGAAGGUUGUUGGCGAGAAGGGUAAACUGGCUUCAGUGGUGACAGAGGUUCGAAGGAGAAGUAAUGGAGAGCUCAUUGCCUUGGGGAAGCAAUGGAUGAUGGCUGGGCUUGCUGAACAUUUUGGUAAAGUAAGUAAACUUUGAUUGUCAGAAUCAUUAGAGAGAAAACCUCUUGGCCGGUAACCGGAGUAAACUUGGUGACUGAUGAAUUGUUAAAUGGCAUAUUCAUGGUGAUUAUUGUUUACGAAUCAACAUCUUUUAACUUUUUGGAAUGAUAAAAUCAGACCAUCAUCACCUUUCUACAGCUUACUACC